CGCAUCUGCCCAAACUCUAAUGCUACCUCAAGCAGAAAUAGUGGGGAUCCGGGCCAGACCCCUCACGCAGUGACUCAAAGCCGCCAGCGGUACUGGAAGGACGGGGUGGAUAGCCCUUCGCCUCCUCUGCCUCUGAGCUGGCUCACAGCACCCGGCGCCUUCAGUGCCGGGCGCCUUCAUCCUUUCCCUGUGACUCCCUCUGGUUUUCCUGCCUCCCUCUUCAGUGGUGGGACUCAAGGCUGGAUCAGGGCCUCCAGGGAAGAGCUCUGCUAUCAAGGAAGGCAGCACAGGGCCAGGCCUUGCCCAUGGACCCUUCUCAGGACAACCCGACGGCACCCGCAGAGCUGCUCUCCUAAGCCGCAGGGGGCCCGGGCUCCCCACCUUUUGGGAGGAGCCAUGGUGUUUAGAAGGUGGCUGGGCCUGGGGGGUGGCAGUGUCUGCACGGGCCCCCGAGGCAUGCUCAGGGCCAGCCUGCUGCUUCUCAGCCUGCUCUGGGGGGCGCGGGGCACAGCCAGCGCCAGUCUCAGCGCGGCUGUGGGCCGUACCGUGCCCCUGACAGGGCGCCGCUACCUGAGCAUUGGGGAUGGCUCCGUGACGGAGUUUGAGUUCCCAGAGGAGAGCGAGGGCAUCAUCGUGGUCUCAAGCCAGUACCCGGGCCAGGGCAACGGGACGGGGCCCAGCCCCGUGCUGAAGGUCACCUCCCUGGACACAGAGCUGCUGACCAUCAGGAACGUGAGUGCCAUAGCCUGGGCUGGUGGGGGCGGCUUCGUGGUGAGCAUCCACUCGGGCCUGCCUGGGCUAGCGCCACUCCACCUCCAGCUCCUGGACCCCUGUGAGGCCCCGCCCACGCUGGUUGAGGAGCGGAGAGAUUUCUGCAUCAAGGUCUCACGUGCUGAAGACCCUGCCGCCCUUGGCACUGACUUGGCCCACUUCUCAGAGAACCCAGUACUCUACCUGCUCCUGCCUCUUAUCUUUGUCAACAAGUGUUCAUUUGGGUGCAAAGUAGAGCUCGAAGUUCUGAAGGGGCUCCUGCAGAGCCCCCAGCCCAUGCUGCUGGGCCUCCUGGGCCAGUUUCUGGUUAUGCCCUUCUAUGCUUUUCUGAUGGCUAAGGUCUUCAUGCUGCCCAAGGCCCUGGCUCUGGGCCUCAUCAUCACUUGCUCGUCGCCCGGCGGCGGGGGGAGCUACCUCUUCAGCCUCCUCCUUGGGGGGGAUGUCACCCUGGCCAUCUCCAUGACCUUCAUCUCAACAGUGGCUGCCACCGGCUUCCUGCCGCUGUCCUCGGCCAUCUACAGCCGCCUGCUCAGCAGCCACGAAACACUCCACGUGCCCAUUUCCAAGAUCCUGGGGACCCUGCUGUUCAUCGCCAUCCCCAUAGCAGCGGGCGUGCUGAUCAGGUCGAAGCUCCCCAGGUUCUCGCAGCUGCUGCUGCAGGUCAUCAAGCCCUUCAGCUUCGUGCUGCUCCUGGGCGGCCUCUUCCUGGCCUGCCACAUGGGGGUCUUCAUCCUGGCGGGCGUCAGGCUGCCCAUUGUGCUGGUGGGCCUCACAGUGCCCCCGGUCGGCCUCCUGGUGGGUUACUGCCUGGCCACGUGCCUGAAGCUGCCAGUGGCCCAGCGUCGGACUGUCAGCAUCGAGGUCGGGGUGCAGAACAGCCUGCUGGCCUUGGCCAUGCUGCAGCUGUCCCUCCGCCGCCUUCAGGCUGACUAUGCCUCCCAGGCCCCCUUCCUUGUGGCACUGAGUGGCACCUCAGAGAUGCUGGCCUUAGUUACUGGCCACUUCAUCUAUAGCAGUGUGUGUGCAGUUCCCUGAGGCCCCCCGGGUCAAGCUUUCGCCACCCCUAGCCCCAGCCUCCACCCACGGCCCCCACAGUUCUGUGUACCAAAGGCCUUUAGUUCUCAUGCACUCUAUGCACUCAGAAAAAUCCAGGCUUAUUUUUUUUACUCGUUUUUUAUUCUCCAGCUUUCAGUGCCAAAGAGGCCAUGCUGAGUUCAGUAGGUGGGCACUGCCUAGAAAAUAUAUUUCAAUAAAAGAGAGAAGCAA